AUGGGAGAGACAGAAAAAUCAGAAAAGAAUGACAGUAAAGCCGAAGAGAAGGACAAGCAUGAAAAGAAAGAGAAACACGAGGGUAAGGAGAAUAAGGAGGAGGGAGAUGAUGAGAAAACUAAAGAUAAGAAGAAGAAGAAGGACAAAGAAUGUAAAGAUAAGGAGGAUAAAGAAGAUGGUGGAAAGGAGAAGAAGAAAAAGAACCCUGGAGAUAAAAAGGAUCCAACGAAACUGAGGGCUAAGCUCGAAAAGAUCGAUGCCAAGAUGCAGGAACUUGCUGCAAAGAAAGAAGAAGUUUUGAAAUUUAAACCUGAAAUGAGCAGUUCUCCCGGUUUAUACUUCCACAUUGGCAAAAAAGCCACAGAUCUUCUUUACAAGGGUUAUGCUCAGCAACCACCAUUUCACUUCAGUUACCAAUGGGUCGACUGGAAUGUUGAUCUCUCCUGUCAAAUGGAAAGUAUUGUGCCUGGACUGCAAACGGCUUUAAGAUUUACCAUUCCUGAUUCUGGAAAGGUGGAACUACGAUUCUUGCACGACUAUGUUGGGAUUACUGCAGGCUCUGGAUUGAAGAUGAGCAACCACCACUCUAUAGGAAAUGAACCCUCUAUAGGACUCGACCCUGUCGUUAAUUUUUCAGGUGUAAUUGGAACCGAUUUAGUCUCCCUUGGGACUGAUAUCGCCUUUGACAUGUCAGCAAGCACAUUCAACAAAAUCAAUGCCGGUUUAACCUUCAAUAGUCCUUUCCUUGUUGCUUCAUUGACCUUGAAUGAUAAACUUGACACUUUAAAAGCUUCCUAUUACCAACCACUGAACCCCCUGUCCAGGAGUGCCAUUGCUGCGGAAUUGAAGCAUAGUUUUUUUAUUGAAAGGACGACCAUCUUGACAGUUGGUGGCCAGCAUUGCACUGUCUCCUUCUACAUGGUGAAGGCUCGUAUGGACGUAACGGCAAGAAGGCCUCUUCAUGAAGCAGACAUAACUGGUGCUGUCAUGACGCAGAGGUUUAACUAUACGGGUUUGUCACUUUGA